GUCCGCUCCGAGGUUGAGCACUGAGUGGGAGCUGGAAUGCCCGGGAGGAGAGGGGUGGUGCCACACGUGCGUGUCUCCCCCUCUCCCGGCCGUGCAUUCACUCUCCUCUCUGGCUUCUCCAACUUAUGCCACUCCCUCCUGUAUCUCCUCUGCUGGAUCCAUUUAUUAAGGAGAUGGAGGGGGAAAAUAAAUGAAGCGGGUCAAAAUGUCCCAAAUGCCACCAACUAGUAGUGUCCCAGCCCCAUAGAGACCAGCACCGACCCAGGCCAGUGUGUAGGCUGCGUGUGAACAGCGCUCUGCCGCCUUACAACUGCUGGACAAGUUCAGAGAGAAGACGCAACAUCUGUAAAACUUGGAGAGCAGGAGGAGGAGGAGGAGGGAAGGAAUAAGAGGAGGACGGAGAGGGAAGAGGAAAAUGCCAGUGUGAGAGAAGCGAGUCCUGCACACAAACUUCAGCCACCACAUUCUUCUUAACUGGGAGGUUGUACGUUAUGAGAAGACAACAUGGAGGCACAAUCUCAUAACACUACCAUGAGUGAAAAGAAAAAAGUAGAGAACUCCAUAGCGAAAAGUCACACUAGGACAGACGUGAGCGAGAAGGCAGUGGCUUCCAGUACAACUUCGAAUGAGGAUGAAAGUCCUGGACAGACAUUUCACAGGGAAAGAAGGAACGCUAUUGCAAUGCAGCCACAAGGAGGACAAUGCCUUGGUAAAAUCAGUGAGGAGCCAUCUACAUCCAGUGAGGAGAGGACCUCUUUAAUAAAGAAAGAGAUUCAUGGAUCUAUUACACACUUGCCUGAACCCUCUGUUCCAUACAGAGGCACCGUAUUUGCAAUGGACCCACGAAAUGGUUACAUUGAUCCACACUAUCAUCCACCUCAUCUGUUUCCUGCUUUUCAUCCCCCUGUGCCAAUUGAUGCAAGGCAUCAUGAAGGGCGUUAUCACUAUGAACCUUCUCCUAUUCCACCACUGCAUGUGCCUUCUGCAUUAGCAGGCAGCCCAACAUAUCCAGAUCUACCAUUCAUAAGGAUAUCUCCACACAGGAACCCUGCAACAGCUUCAGACUCCCCUUUCAGCCCCCCUCAUCCUUACAUCAGUCCCUACAUGGACUAUAUUAGAUCUUUGCACAGUAGCCCCUCCCUUUCCAUGAUAUCAGCAGCUCGUGGACUCAGCCCUACUGACGUUCCACAUGCUGGUGUGAGCCCUGCUGAAUAUUACCAACAUAUGGCCCUGCUUGCAGGACAGCGUAGUCCAUAUGCUGAUAUCAUCACUUCCCCAGCAACUCCAGGUGCUGGAGCUACAGCCCUUCAUAUGGAAUAUCUUCAUGCUAUGGAAAGCUCCAGGUUUCCCAGCCCUAGGCUCACAGCCCGACCGAGCAGGAAGCGAACAUUGUCUAUAUCCCCACUCUCUGAUCACAGCUUUGACCUUCAGACCAUGAUCAGAACGUCUCCAAACUCUCUUGUUACCAUUCUUAACAACUCACGCAGCAGCUCCUCAGCCAGUGGUUCUUAUGGACAUUUAUCCGCAAGUGCAAUAAGCCCAGCGUUGAGUUUUACGUACCCACCUACCCCAGUCUCCUUGCAACAGAUGCAUCAACAUAUAAUAAAUCGGCAGCAUAGUAUAGGCUCAGCUUUUGGACACAGCCCUCCACUUAUACAUCCAGCACCCACAUUUCCCAGCCAGAGAACCGUUCCAGGAAUUCCUAGUGUCUUGAAUCCAAUCCAGGUCAGCGUCGGUCCAUCAGAGGUCACACAGCAGAAUAAACCAACAAGUGAGUCUGCAGUGAGCAGUACAGGGGAUCCAAUGCACAAUAAGCGGUCUAAAAUCAAGCCUGAGGAUGAGCUGCCAAGUCCUAUUGCUGGAAGCAUACAGGAUCAGCCAGAUGGAAUGACUCUGGUGAAAGAGGAGGGGGACAAAGAUGAAAGUAAACAAGAGCCUGAAGUAGUCUAUGAGACAAACUGCCACUGGGAAGCCUGCUCCAGAGAGUUUGACACACAAGAACAGCUAGUGCAUCAUAUAAACAAUGAUCACAUACAUGGAGAAAAGAAAGAAUUUGUCUGUCGGUGGCUGGACUGUUCUAGAGAGCAGAAGCCGUUCAAGGCUCAGUACAUGUUGGUAGUCCACAUGAGAAGACACACAGGAGAGAAGCCACACAAAUGCACUUUUGAAGGGUGUGCAAAGGCUUACUCCAGAUUAGAAAACUUGAAAACUCACUUGCGAUCUCACACUGGAGAAAAACCAUAUGUCUGUGAGCAUGAGGGCUGCAACAAGGCUUUCUCCAACGCGUCAGACAGAGCAAAGCACCAAAACCGCACUCAUUCCAAUGAGAAACCGUAUGUAUGCAAGAUCCCUGGAUGUACUAAACGUUACACAGAUCCAAGCUCUUUGAGAAAACACGUAAAAACAGUACAUGGUCCUGAGGCGCAUGUAACAAAGAAACAACGUGGAGACAUCCACCCAAGACCUCCUCCACCUCGAGAACCAGGAAGCCAUUCGCAGUCCCGGUCACCUGGCCAUCCAAUUCAGGGUGUGCAUGGUGAGCACAAGGACCUCAAUAACACUACCUCAAAGCAUGAAGAAUGCCUCCAUGUGAAAUCGGUGAAGACUGAAAAGCCAAUGCAGACAUCUCAGCCAAGCCCUGGUGGUAAGUCUUCAUGCAGCAGCGAGCAGUCCCCCAUCAGCAACUAUACCAACAGUGGGAUCGAGCUUACUUUGAAAUAUGGAGGUAGCAUAGGAGACCUCAGCACCCUGGAUGAUACCCCAAUCAUGGACUCUACCAUUUCCACAGCAACCACAGGACUUGGUUUACAAGGCAGAAGAAUCAUGACAGGAACCAAAUGGAUGGAACAAGUCAAAGUAGAAAGAAUAAAGCAGAUUAACGGAGUGCUUCCAAGACUGAACCCAGUUCCACCUUCAAAGACACCAUCUCUACCACCAAUCAUCGGGAAUGGUGUGCAGUUGGGCAGCAACAUACAUUUGGGAGGAUCAAUGGCUGCACUUCCAAACAGGAAUGAACUCUCAAGCACGGACAUUACAGUCCUGAAUAUGUUGAACAACAGGAGGGACAGCAAUACGAGCACAAUUAGUUCUGCAUACUUAAGCAGUAGAAGGUCUUCUGGCAUUUCACCAUGCUUUUCUAGUCGAAGAUCCAGUGAAGCUUCCCAGGCAGAAGGAAGACUUCAUAAUAUUAGUGUUGCAGAUUCCUAUGAUCCCAUAUCCACUGAUGCCUCAAGGAGAUCUAGUGAAUCCAGUCAGUGUGAUGGGCUACCAAGCCUCCUAAGUCUUACUCCUGCACAGCAAUACAGGUUAAAAGCAAAAUAUGCUGCUGCUACAGGUGGUCCUCCACCAACACCGCUGCCAAACAUGGACAUGAUGAGUCUGAAGACUAGAAUGGCAUUGACUGGUGAUACUAGAGAUAGCAGAUUGUCUCCUUUUUCUUCAUCAAAUGUUCCUAGAAGGUGUAGUGAUGGUGGGGUAGGCACAUUUGGAAGAAGACAUUUUAUAUCCAAUGAGCUUCAAGGAAAUGCUAUGCGAAGAGCAAGUGACCCUGUAAAAAUGGUUUCUGCUAACUUAGCUACUGGUAGAGUUCAACGAUUCAACAGCCUAAACAGCAUCAGCACUCACGAUGUGGCUCCACCUGUAGAAAGGCGCAACUUAGCCCUGCAAAACUAUACCCGCAGUGUGUAUUCGCCAUGUCCUCCUAGUAUAAGUGAAAAUGUUGCCUUGGAGGCCAUGAUCAUGGAAGCAGAAGGAAAUUUGGAUGAUGAAGAUUUCUUACCAGAUGAUAUGGUGCAGUACCUUAAUUCACAAAACCAAAGCCUGUAUGAAAACACACAAAAUAGUGAGUUAGACAAACAGCAAAACAAUGCAGCAACAGCAAGGCACAUUAACAACUAUGACCAAUCCCAAAUUAAUAAUAACUCCUAUAAUCAAGCUUUCCAAAAUGUGGAGCAGACAGACCAGGUAAAUAAUAAGAAUGACCUUCCUAUACAAUGGAAUGAAGUUACCUCAGGCAGUGCCGAGCACUCCCCUUCCAGAGUUAGGUAUGAACAUCGCCUAAAUACUCAACUGGAUAGAGCUUUUGGGACAUACAAUAAUAUGAUGAUCCAGCAGCAAAUCAUGUCAAAAAAUGGACAAUUACAGCAAAGAGGAUAUCAAAAUAUGCAAAACAAUCCUCAAGCAUUACAGCUAAAUCUUAAUCUCUACAAUCAUUCACUGUCUAUCAAAGAUCAACAAUACCCAACAACAGGCAGUUCCUACAAUCCAGUAACACGGGGCCAGAAGUUUACAGGCAACAAUCAAAUGAACAGUGGUCAGCAGAACAUUGUACCAUCCAUGCACUAUACUGAACAAUCAUUGAAUGCAGCUAACAUAGUCCAGAAUCAAAAUCUUCUAAACCAGGAAUAUCUACAGCAGUCUGCAACUGAACAUAUGAUCCAUGGCAUGUAUUUCUUAGGCAUGAACCGAUCUAAUCAGGCAUCUGUAGGUCAAAAUAGCCACAACAUAGAAGCUACACAGACCUUACUAUCAACCCCACUGCCCAGUGGGAAUCAACAGGUCCGGAAUUAUCAAUCAUGUGCAAGCAACCAACAGAUUUACAAAACAAAUGGUGUUAAAUUAGAAAUGCAGCCACAACAACAUUGUGCCAAUCCACAGAAUUAUUCAGGUCAGUUCUAUGACCAAACCAUGGGAUACACUCAUCAUCGGAUAAAACCAAGCUCUCAAAUGGUAACAGAAGCCAGUUGUCUCCUAGAAGAUAACAGUAAUACCAACACAUCUGCACUUCUUUCUCCAGGAGCUAACCAAGUGACCAGCACAGUAAAUAAUAUUGAUGGCUCUAGUUUAGAAGGGGUGCAAAUUGAUUUUGAUGCCAUUAUUGAUGAUGGGGAUCAUGCCAGUUUAAUUUCAGGAGCUCUUAGCCCUAGCAUUAUCCAAAAUCUGUCAAGGAAUUCGUCACGACUUACCACACCUCGAGCGUCUCUUACAUUCCCAACCAUGCCAGUGAGUACCACCAACAUGGCAAUUGGGGACAUGAGUUCAUUGCUAACCUCACUUGCAGAAGAAAGCAAGUUUCUUGCUGUUAUGCAAUAGACUGGAGACUAAAACAAACUUGUGUCAAAAAGAAAGCAACUCUUUUUAUAUGUAUGUACGUAUUUUAGCAAUUUUAUCCCAGAAGAAUGGGAUACAUUCCAAGUAUGUUCCUUUUAUGGAAUAAGGACUCAAACCCUAAAGUGUUGUAGGGAGAAAUAGUCUUCCAUUUCAACUUUGGAUCAGUAUUGACAACUCAAGACCAUUUUUUUUCUCCAAAUGGGUCUUUAUGCUUUUUACUUAGUGUAUGACAGCAUAACUGUGUAAUGUCUGUGCAUGUUUGACAUGUGAAAAAAAAGUCUUAAUUAUGUUUAGUUGUUCUGUUUAGUUAAAUAGAGAAUUGGUAUUGUAUAAAGUGUGUUGUAUUUGGAAACUCACAACCUAGUUGCUAUGAGACUCAUCAAUAUCCAUGGUGACUACUUUGGCCACAUCUUAAUUGAAUUUGACUGUUCAUGCCACAUACUCUAUGUCCUCACCUAGUUACUAAAAGUUAAAACUAAUACUGCACAGCUACUAGAAAAAAAACUUACGUUUGAGUAUUAUUGGCGGUUGCUUGAAAAAUGGAUAUAUGUAUGACACAUCCCAGUCUUUAUGUAUAAUGUUGUUUUCUGUUUAUUUUGUAUGACACAAUUAUUUUUUAUUUGAUAUUUUAACCCAGAAGUUAACCAAGUUCAAUACUUAGAAAGGGGCAUCUCUUUAUCUUAAACAGUCAGCCUAUCUUGCCAUGCUGGAUUAUUAAUGGGUCAUAGUUAUGACUUUAUAUAGUCAUACGUGUUAUAGGCCACACUUCUACUGACACUGAUUUUUGUGACUCGUGAAAAAACUAUCUUUUUGUAGAAAGGGAAGUAUCCACUUUUAAUUAGUAGAAUUAUUAUUGUUUUGUGCACAAUGUAUGGUACUCAUGUAUAUGGUGGAACGGUACAGUACUUGACUUCAAGUAGCACUAUGGACUUUAUUUCCCAAAGAGAAUUAGUUUAAUUUUUGUUAGUGCUUUUCAAAAGGUACUAUGUUCCCUCUUAUGUUAUUUUGUACUUUGUUUAUAGCCUAUUAUGUUGUCUAUAACAUAUCAGCAUUUUAGUACAUUCUUGAAAUGUAUGUGCCUUAUGUUUGUUUUUGUCAUUUUUAUUUUUACGGGGACCAAGAAUAUUGCCAAACCUGUCAUCCUACUACAGUUUUAGUCAGCAAAUAGCAUGCCACUCUUUUAAUGUUUUCUUUCCAUGACUGCUCAUUUUGAAACUUUAUAGAAUGGCCUUUGUAUGGUGCAUCCUGAAAAUAAUGUAUGAUAGAAAUAAGUACUUUUUAUUUGUCACUUUUUCUUGCAUUUUUUUUACAAAUGUUUUUGUAUUAAAAUGUGUACUCUUAUUCUUUCUUUUCAUUUUUUUACUGUGUAAAUAAAUUAAAUUGCGUUAGAGAUAGAAGUAUGAAUUUAUAGCUGGCCAUAGUUCAAUACAGACAUUCAACAGCUGUGGAUCCAAUAGUCUCAAGCCUUGGGCCAGCAGGAUGGAUCUGUAGCAUUAUGGUACACAAUAAAUGUACCUUUUGCAGUCAGAACCACUUAGCUUUUUUGUAACAAAAUAAAAAACAAACAAAAAAAUUCUUACCUUAAUAAAAAGA